UGUCUGAGUCUGAGAGGCGUUGGGAAAAUAAAAUCCCGAGUCAGAUAGCAAUGAUAAUUAAUAAACUCCACCCUAUACUACUUCUACUACUACUACUAGUAGUAAUGCUAGCAGUACCUCAAAUCAAAUAUAAACAAUUCAAAAGUACUAAUAAGCUAUCCUCUUCUUAAAGAUACAUCAAGAUUUUCCUUAGCUUCUCACACUUCUUUCUACUCAUACUUAAUCUGAUUCUGAUUCUUCUAUCUGAACACAACAAAAAUAGGAUAAAGUUUCAUGAUCAUGCUGUGAGAAAUAUGCAAGGAUUCAAGACAGCUCAAGGAAAUUCUCACCUCUAUUGCCACCCCUCCUCCUUCUUGCUGAGGGGAGAUGAUACUAGUAGAAACCAUACGCGUUUCUCUGAUCUUGGGGAGCUUCAACAUUCCUCUAAUAUCUUUCAACAAGAUGAUGCUGUUGAUUUAAGCUCAAGUAACUUACCAUGCUCCAUGUAUAGUGUAAAGUCUUGCAAUGUUGUUGGUGGUGGCAGUAACAUGCAGUAUGGGACACUGAACACGAAUCUUGGGUCGGCAGAGAUUGUUUCAACUGGGGCAGGGUGCUUGGAGACAGGGCAGCAGCUCAUGUAUCACAAGGAAAUCUCCAUGGCCACCAUGCCUAUGGGGAAUGGUCAUGUUGAGAAUUGGGCUGAUUCUUCAGGCAUGGCAGAUAAUAGCCAACAGACUGAUGACACUUCCACAGAUGUUGAUACUGAUGAUAAAAUCCAAUCCAAUAGAGAUAAACGUGGGACACAUAUGGUUGUUCACUCCAGGGAUCAGACCAAGUCCAAACCUGAAGAUCAGAAGAUCCUUCGUAGGCUGGCUCAGAAUCGCGAGGCUGCUAAGAAGAGUAGAUUAAGGAAAAAGGCAUACGUGCAGCAGUUAGAGAACAGCCGACUCAAGCUUGUGCAAUUAGAGCAAGAGCUUCAAAGAGCACGUCAGCAGGGUGUAUUUAUGGCAUCCCCUGGGGAUCAAAGUCAUUUGGCUGUUGGAGGAGCAAAUGGUGCCUCAGCCUUCGAUAUGGAAUAUGCUCAUUGGGUUGAUGAGCAUCAACGCCUCCUCACUGAUCUAAGAUCAGCUUUAAAUUCUCAGAUGGGUGAUAAUGAACUACAUCUUCUUGUUGAUGGUGUCAUGGCACAUUAUGAUGAACUAUUCAGGUUAAAGAGCCUAGGGGCGAAAGCUGAUGUAUUUCACAUGCACAGUGGGCUGUGGAAGACACCUGCUGAAAGAUGUUUCAUGUGGCUUGGUGGAUUCCGCUCCACUGAACUUCUCAAGAUAGUUAAAAACCACCUUGAGCCGUUAACAGAACCGCAGUUGAUGGGCAUUGACAAUCUGCUGAGGUGUGCCCAGCAGGGUGAGGAUGCAUUAACUCAAGGCAUGGAAGCAUUGCAGCAAGCUCUUGUAGACACACUUUCCUCCACCUCCCUAGGACCUGCUGGUGCUGGAAAUGUUGCUGAUUACAUGGGCCAAAUGGCAAUUGCAAUGGGCAAGCUGGCCACAUUGGAGAGUUUCCUUCACAGUGCUGAUCUCGUGAAGCAACAGACUUUACAACAGUUGCAAAGAAUAUUGACGACGCGGCAGAUGGCUCGUGCUCUCCUUGUCAGAAAUGAUUACAUUUCAAGAUUACGAGCUCUUAGCUCAUUAUGGUUAGCGCGCCCUAGAGAGAGCUCUGUGAUGAGUAGCUUGCCACCCUCAAAUAUAGAAUAGAACGGCCUCGUUGUUUACUGAGAAGAAAGAAGAGAAACCUUUAUCUUCGGUAGUUGCUGAGAUCUAAUUUUCUUUAGAAGAAGAUAGGUUCAUGACCUGAAAUUUGUGCUGUAUUGUAGGGAUGUUCUGUAUAUUAUUACCACAUUCUAGUGGUUAUUGUGCAAUGUAACAAAAGUAAGGUUUGUAUAAAAUGCACAAUUGCACUGCUAGAGGUAUAUUAGUAUCAUAUUUUUAACAUGAUUAAUCAAUUUUGAAAUGGCUAU